UUCGCACCGGUAGUUGUCAUGGCGAUGGAGUCAGCCUCGGCGUCGGCUCCGGGGGCUGUUGCCAUGGAGAUCCCGGUGCGAGGUGCGCUCCCGGUGGUGGAGGAAGACGAGGGCUACAGCGCACCGCCGCCCGGGUCCGAGGAGCGACUACGGUACCGUCGAGGUGGAGGGAGACGCCGGCGCGGGGUGCCGUUCAACCGGGGCGGCUACUACAUGCUGAUAGUGAUCGGGGAGAUCGGCACGGAGCAGCAGCUGGACACCGCCAAAGCGCAGAUAGAGCGGGGAAUUCGAUCCUGGGACGUCGACCUCAAGUGCUGUGACCUUGAUCAGCAGCUGCAGCUGUUUAUAACUCGUCACUCCGCCCACUUCUCCUCCGAGGUCAGAGGACAAAGAACCCUCCACCACAGAAGUGAUGUCCUAGAGACCGUGGUGCUUGUCAAUCCUUCAGAAGACACUGUUGUAUCAGAGAUCCAGUCUCUAGUCACAGACUCAGCAGGACACAAGCUUCUGGUCUUGAGUGGCCAGAGCUCAGAUCACGGUGGCCUUCUUCUUCAAACUGGGGUUUUCACCUACCAGACAUUUUCACGUGUCUUUGCUGAUCCUGGGCAGGUCAGUGAAUUACUGGGCGCAGCAGCCCCCAAGCAGCAGGCUACACUUACUGUGUCCUGCCGCGGGGAGGUGGGCUGGAGCUCCCUGGGACAGCAGCAGACCCUAAGGGAGUUCCUGGAAUACAAACUAAACCCUGAGCCUGUUCUCUACAAGAUGGAGGGCGUCACUGAGUUCACAGAGUACAUCUCUGAGACGGUCGACGUCCCUUCACCUUUUGACCUCCUGGAGCCACCCACCUCUGGAGGCUUCCUAAAACUGUCCAAGCCAUGUUGCUACAUCUUUCCUGGUGGACGAGGAGAUUCUGCUCUCUUUGCUGUAAAUGGCUUCAAUAUCUUAGUGGACGGAGGCUCUGAGCGAAAAUCAUGCUUCUGGAAGCUGGUUCGUCACUUGGACCGCAUUGACUCAAUUCUACUCACACACAUCGGCGCUGACAAUCUCCCAGGUAUCAAUGGGCUGCUUCAGAGGAAGAUAGCAGAACAGGAGGAGGAGCAGUCUCAAGGCUCCACAAACUACAGUGAUUGGAUGAAGAACCUGAUCUCUCCUGAAUUAGGUGUGGUAUUCUUCAACGUGCCGGAGAAGCUCCGUAUGCCAGAAUCUAACCUUAAAGUGAAGCGCAGCAUCGAAGAGGCCUCGUUGACUUUGCAGUACCUCAACAAACUAGGAAUCAAGGCAGAGCCUCUCUGUCGAGUGGUCAGCAACACCAUUGAGCCGAUUACUCUGUUCCACAAGAUGGGAGUGGGCAGGUUAGACAUGUAUAUUCUCAACCCUGUCAAAGACAGUAAAGAGAUGCAAUUUUUGAUGCAGAAAUGGGCUGGCAACAGCAAGGCCAAAACUGGUAUUGUGCUGCCCAACGGGAAAGAAGGAGAAAUAUCUGUGCCCUACCUGACAUCAGUUACAGCCUUAGUCGUCUGGCUUCCAGCCAACCCUGCAGAAAAAAUCGUCAGAGUGCUGUUCCCUGGGAAUGCACCACAAAACAAGAUCCUGGAGGGGCUAGAAAAAUUAAGGCACCUUGACUUCUUGCGCUAUCCUGUAGCCACACAAAAGGACAUUGCCUCAGGAGCUCCCCCCUCUGUUAUAAAACAAACCAAGUUAAAACAAAGAACAGAUAGUAAAGAGAGUCUUAAAUCCUCCCCAAAGACUACUGCAAAGGCCUCAAAGAAAGAAACCGAAGGACAAGACGAUGUGUCAGCUGCCACAGAGGCAAAGAGCGACUCUGUAAAGGAAAAUAUAUCAGAGAAAAAAGAGGAGAAGAAGCCUACUAAGACUAUAAAAUCUAAAAGUGAUGUGCCAGAGAAGAAAAAACUCUUGAAAGAAAAAUCUCUAAAAAAGCACCCUAAGGAAAGGGUGUCAAAAAUGGAUGAGAAAAAGGACAAAGAAAAGAAAGAGAUCAAGAAAGUAAAGAAAGACGACUCUGCUAAGAAAGAUGAAAAGAAGGAUAUUAAAUCUAAAGAGGACAAAAAGAAGGAUGCAUCCAAACCUGAGCUAAGAAAAAUGACAAAGCCUGACCUAAAACCACUCACACCAGAAGUCAGAAAGACAUUACAUAAAGCUAAAGUGUCAAGUAAAGCCAAGACUGGAAAAAUCAGAGCAGCAAAGGCUGAACCUAAAAAAGAAGAGCCAAAACCUGAAAUUAUUCAACCUGUACCGAUAGAGAAUGGAGCAGUGGAUGGUAUAUCCGCUCCCUCAACACCUGAAGACCUCACCAAGGAGUUUGAAGAACUGAAAACCGCUGAAGUUGUACCUGUAUCAACAGAGCCACCAGACAGUAACAAGGUUUCAUUGGAGCCAACAGCACAAAGUCUUACCCAAGAGAAGCAAGAAGCACAAGAAACUACAUCUGAAAUUCCAUCUGGCGCAAAGUCUCCAGAAAAGGAGGUCUCCGCCCCAGAAGCUGAAGAUGAAGACAAAGACAAAGAGUCGAUAAAAGAGAGAGAAAUGGAAGAGGCUCAGAAAUUUGAGGAUGAGGGAGCAGCAACUCAGGAUGAGGAAGAGGAAGAGGAGGAAGAGGUCCCAGCUGCUGAAAAGAAAACAGAAGAGGAGGAGGAGGAAGAUAUGGGAAUAGGCGAAGAGGAAGAUGAAUCAAAAUGGAAGGAGGCAAAGGACGAUGGGCUUGACAGGAAACAUGAGUUAGAAGAAAUGGAGAAAUCAGAAAAUCUCUUUGCUAAAGUUGUAACAAAACAGGAGGUACAAAUGACUCCAUCUGAAGAAGAGGAAGAGGAGGGAGUGGAGAAAGCCGAACUGGAGGAGGUAGAGGAUUUAGAUGUAAUAGCAGAUGAAGAGAUCAAACAUGGAGAUACAGCUGAAGAACAAAUGGUCACUGAAAGCAAAACUAUGGAAAUUCUAUCCGCAGCCAAAGAUGAAGAUGAGGAAGAUGAAGAGGGCUACCUGUCACAUGUUGGAGGUGCCACAGCUCCCAUAACCUCAGUAGCUCAAGGAGCAGCUGCAGCUGAACCCAUCUCUUACAUCCAGGAUGAGACCAUCCCUGGCUACUCUGAGACAGAGCAGACCAUCUCUGAUGAGGAAAUUCACGAGGAGGCAGAGGAGAGGAUACCACACCUUCAAUAUGACGUUGGUGCCUAUGACAUCUCUGUUCCAGAUCAGACUGAAUCCUUCGUAAAUAUCCACGGCAUGAGGGAGAUGCAAGCUGCCGCCAUGACAGAGAAAGGUUUUAUCCCAGGUGUGCAGGAGCAAGUAUCGGUCUUUACCAACAUCAUCACUGCUCCUCUGGCAGAAGAAGAACAUGUGUCUUCUGCAACAUCCAUCACAGAAUAUGACAAAAUGUCCUCUUUCCCUACUUCUAUUGCUGAAGACCAAUCUGUAGCAUCUGUCGCAGCAGCUCAAGCUGAGGAACCAUCCAAAACCCCUGUUCCCCUGUCAACUCCACCUGAUGCGACCCAAGGCAAAGAGCAGCCACUCUCUGCAGGAACUCUUUCCCCACCUUCUUUAGAAGAUGACAAACAACCCAAGUCUCUAUCUGAUGACUUGCAGCUUCCUGUUGCAGAAGUGAAGAUGGGGGCUCCUGUUGCACACGAUGAGGAGGAGGAAGAAGAAGAAGAAGAGGAGGAGGACCAAACUCCUAAUGUUGACAUUUCACUUGAAAAACUCCAAGAGGGCUAUGCUUCAUCCCAAUUAUUACAGGGUAAGGAGAAAGAUGUUGAAAAACUUGCUGGCACAGUGUCUCCAGUUUCAAAGUCUAUAGAAGACACCAAACCAGUCCACCUACCUGUCGAAGAGGAAAAUAUAGAUACAGUUGCACCUAAAGAUGUUUCAUCUGUUGUGCCUACUAGACCUUUUGGAUCCGAUUCAGUAACUUCAGAGAGUGAAGAGCGCUGCUUCAGUCCUGAUGAUAUCACUGUGAAAAUGGCCUCUCCUCCACAGUCUGGACCACCAAGUGCAGCUCACUCUCCACUGCGUCAGUCACCAGUGGAAGACAAAAUGAAGGUCUUCCCUGAUUUGGAGCUGCAAAAGCAAGAGGAGGUCAUUAGUAAAGUAACAGCAACUGAAGACAAAACUAAAACGACAGAUGAUCCAGAAACAUUGGAAACAGAAGAUAUUGACAAACAGAAAGCAGAUCAGCACAAAGUAGUAGAAGUUUCAACAUCUUUGGACAAAUCUUUUGAGAAGGGCAUUAAAGAGGUCCCAGUGAUGAAGGAGCCAGUACCAGAAGAUGAAAGCAAACAGGCAGAAACAAUCUCUGCUGUUGCCAUAUCUUUAACAGAAGUUGAGCCAGCGAAAAAGGAUUCCCAUUUCUCACCUGACCAAAGUGAUGAAGAGGUUGACGAAGGAAUCAAAGGAAAAGAACCUAAAGUACCUCUUCCAGGGAAAUUUCCAGAGAGGGAGGGUCGUUUUCUGGAUGACGAUGAAGACAAGAAGGAUGAUAAUGAUGAUGAUCAACGUGAUGCUAAAGCUGCAGUUAAAGCCAUCAAAGUGGAACAUGAGAAAGAAAAAGAUGACACCGCUGAUGUCAUACAAAUUGAGGAUGAGAAGAAACCGAAAUCUGUCAUGCAGGAAGAUGUUUCUGCUGUUAAAUCCAUUACUGAUGAGAAACCAGAGAAAGAGGCAGUAAAUGAUGAAAUCUCUGAUAUCAAACCUAUUAAAGAAGAGCCAAUUGCAAAGGACACUGUCACUGUUGAUAAAGCCAUUACAGAUGAACAGAAAGAGCCUGGAAAAGACCAAACUCCUGAAGUCAAAACUACUGAAGAAGCAGAGAUAGAAAUCGUUGCUUCUGUGGCCAAACAAAUCAAAGAUGAACAGAAGCAGAAAGAUUCAAAACAAGACGAUUUUGACCUCAAAGGUGAGGUUAUUGAGACAGAGGUUAAAAAGGAUGAUGUGUGUGAUGGUACUUUGAAAGAGGAGGAGAAAGAACUGACAGAGAAGGGUGAUACUUUUGAUACUAGCUCUAUAAAGACUGAAGAAAAAGAGAUUGAAAAGGACCACGUCACAGAUGUCACACCUGCUAAAGACGAGAUGCAGAAAGAGGCAGAGAAGGAUGAUAUGUCCAUUAUUGAGCCUCCUAAAGAUGAGAAGAAAAAGGAAAUCGAAAUAUCUGAUAUCAAAGUGAAUGAAGAUAAGAAAGAGGAAAAAGAGAUAGUGAAGAUAGAUGCUUCUGCUACCAAGCGAUUAACAGAUGAGCAGAUGGAAAAGGAGAUAGUUGUCAGUCUUGCUGAACUCACCAAAGAAGAAGAAAUGAUUAGUAAAGAUGACACAUCUGCUGUUACAAUGAAAGAAGAAAAGGAGCAAGAGAUUUGUAAAGAUGCUAUUUCAACCAUCAGCCUCACCAAGAUGGAGGAAAAGGAUGGAACAGUGAGUAAAGAUGAGAUUCUUGUUGCCAAGCCAACCACAGAGCAAGAAAAGGAGAAAGAAACAAGUAAAGAUGAUAUUUCAACCAUUGCCCUCACCAAGAUGGAGGAAAAGGAUCUAACCAUGAGUAAAGAUGAGAUUCCUGCUACUAAGCCAACCACAGAGCAAGAAAAGGUGAAAGAAACAAGUAAAGAUGAUAUUUCAACCAUCUGCCUCACCAAGAUGGAGGAAAAGGAUCUAACCAUGAGUAAAGAUGAGAUUCCUUCUACUAAGCCAACCACAGAGCAAGAAAAAGAGAAAGAAACAAGUAAAGAUGAUAGUUCUGACACCACACUCUCCGAGGAGCAGAAAAAAGAUACGAUAGCAAGCAAGGAUGAUGCUUGUGUCUUCAAAUCUACUGCAGAAGAAGAUAAGAAGGAAGGUGAAAGUGAAGACGAUACUGCUGCCAUAAAACUUACCAAGGAAGAGGAAAAAGAUAAACUGCCCAGUAAGGAAGAUACUUCUGCUGUUAAACCAACAGUUGGAGAAGAAAAGGAACAAGAGAAAAGUAAAGAUGACACUGCUGCCAUCAAAUCUACCAAGAUGGAGGAAGAGCAAGUAAUAGUAUGUAAAGAUGAUGAUAUCUCUGCCAUGUCAACCAAGAUAGAAGCAAAAGAGACACCUGGUGAUGCUGUCAAACCAGUCAUGGAGGAAGAAAAGGAGCAAGAAACAAAUAAAGAUAAAGAUGUCUCUUCCACUCUCAAACUCUCAAAGAUGGAUGAAGAGGAUGUAAAGAUAAGCGAAGAUGUUUCCACUGUCAAAACAUCUGAGGACAAAACAACCACGAAGGAUUUCAUUUGUGUUGUCAAACCUUCCACGCACGAUGAAAAGGAGAAAGAAAUCAGUAAAGAUAUUUCUGUUGACCAGACAGUGACAGAAGAAAAGGAGAAGGAAGUCACUAAAGAUAUUUGUGCUGUGCAAUCAACGAUAGAAGUAGAAAAGAAAAAGGAAAUCGGUAAGGACAUUUGUGCUGUACAAUCAAUGACAGAAGAAAAGGAGAAAGCAGUAGAUAAGGAAGAAGACUUGGACUCAAUUCAGGAUCACACUACUAUCAAACCCAUCGAGGGAGAAAAGGAUACAGUAACAAUUAAGGAUGAAACUUCUGGUAUCAAACCUACCAAGGAGGAUGAAAGCAAAGACACUGCUGGUGUAAAACCCCUUGCAGAUGAGGAAAAGAAGGUAGAGUUGAAAGAUGUUACAGCUGAUGUAAAACCCAUCAAGGAGGAGGCAAAAGAAAUCCCAAAGGAUGAAAUUUGUGAUAAAGAAAUGAAGGUUAAGGAGGAAGAAAUGGAAAAGGAGAAGGAAAAGAGUGAUAUUACUGAUUCUGUAUCCAUUAAAGAGCAAAAGGAAAGUGACAUAGAUUAUUCAUCUGUCAAAACUUUAAAGGAUGGCAAAGAGUUGGAAAAAAGUGACAUUUCUGACAAAGAAAUAAAAAUUCCAGAAGUUAAAGAGGAGAAGGGCAAUAUCUCUGACCACAAACCCAUUUUGGAGGAAAUUAAGGACAAAGAAACCAAACAAGAAAAAGAGAAAGAAACUGACUCCAGUCUUGAGCAACUCAAGGAUACGAAAGAAAAAGAGCCAUCAAAAGCUGAAACCAUGAAAGAAGAAAUGAAAGAUGUAGUCAAACAGCUCAGUCCUGAAUCUGAAUCUGUCAAACAGGACACAGAGAAGGAAGCAACAUUAAGCAUCAAAGAUGAGCAAAAAGGGAAAGAUGAUCAUCCUUUUGAUUCUGAAUUGAAGAAGGAUGAUAAAAAAGAGGUAGAUCUCCCAAUAUCUCAGACCUUGGAAGAGGAGAAACCUAAAAAGGAUGAUAUUUGUGAUGUCAGAGAUAAGCCUAUACAUGAAGAAACCUCUGAAAAGCUUACUGGAACUCAGAAAGAGAUGGAAACCUUUGGUGCUACAUCAGUAGAAAUGCAGCAAGACACUUAUGUAACUACAUCAAGUCAAGACCUAAAACCAGUAAAAGAUGACAUUUGUGUGUCUCCUAGCCACAUCCAAGAGGCAAAAAAAGAACAAGUUACAGAAGCAAAGGCCAUUACUAGUCAAGACGAGAAGAUGGAGAAAGAAAAAGAUGAUACACAUGUUGCUGAACUGAGCAAAGAACAGAAAAUGGAAAAAGAACAAGAAAAAGAAAAAGAAUACACCUAUGUGACUGAAGACAUCAAAGAUGAAAAGACAAAACCAGAAGAGGAUGAAAGAAUAAUUAAAGAAAAAGACGUUGGUGACAUGAAGACAGAUGAGAUCACUGAGAAAGAAAAGUAUGACUCUUCUGAUACAGACCAUACCAAAGAGGAGAAAUGGGAACGAGAGGAGUUACAAGAGAAAGACCUGGACAAAGCCAUUAAACAAUCUACACAGACAGUAUUGGGAGAAGCAGCAAUGGCAUCCAAGUCAGAUUACAAAUCUGCAUUUGUGGUUCAGUCCUCUGAUGAAGACAGGGAAGAUGAAGAGGAGGAGGACAUUUGUAUGGGAGGAGCAGGUUCCAGACCUUUGUCAGUUGAGCCAAGAAAAUCAGGACAUGACAUCUCAUCUGAAGGCCUGCCUUUAACCCAAACUCCACAGACAAGUGACCAAGCUAAACUGCCAACAUCAGAACAGGCCACAGUGAUCAUACCAACGCUUACAAUGCAGGAGCCCUCUAUUGAUGAAGAGGUCAAAGAGUUUGGCAAGGAAGAACCAAGACUUUCACCUGAAGUGGACAAAGAUGUUGUGAAAACAGAAACCGCACCACUUGCCAAGCCAGAGCCCUCCUUUGAUGUGACAAUAAUGACCUCCAUUCCAAAACAAGAAACCGCUUCUGAUAUCCCAGAAGCUAAAGCAGGACCAAUGUCAGACACAACUGAGAAAAAGCCUGUGUUGUCAGCAGUAUCAAGCACUGACAGUCAGCCCAUGAGCUGUACGCUUUCAAGCACUGAGAGCCAGUCCAGUGUAGAUGAAACACCACCACAAGAGAAACACAUACCGCCUCAGACAAGCUCAGGACUCAGUGCUACAGAAAAGGCAAAGCUGGAUGAGAAACCAGGAAAGGAAGCAGAGAGAGAGAUGGAAGGAGAACGAGAGGUGGCUUCUCCAGGAUUAUCACAGCCUUGUUCAUAUUUUAUGUUAGACAAGGAGGAUCCAAGCCACGCUAAAGUUGUAAAACCAGACACUACAAAAAUGGAGAGUGUUGAUCAAAUAACCUCGGACAAGGAAGCAGCCAUUGGAGACGAAAAGCAAACCGCUGGUGCUUCUAAGUACGAUCCGUAUGAAAAGCCCAUUCCAAAAGAUCACGAUUUGGACUCUAGAGAAGAAAGUGAGAUUUCUUUAGGUUUUGAUCACACCUCUGAUAUGGGUAUUGAUGAUAACAGAAGAAUAAGCCAGUCAGAGGCUGGAGGAGCCAUGUUUCUCCUGGAAGAUCAGUACAAAGAAGAGCCUCUGUCCUUUAGUAGAGUUGACUACAGCCCGGUGUCCCUCACAGAGAGUGAAAGGAGCAGCCACCACAGCCGAAGUGCCUCACCUAAAUAUGAAGACAGAGAGAAAGGCCAAGAGGAAGAGAGGGAGAGAGAAGAAAGACCAGAUACACCUUAUGUUGACAAGAGCUUUUCAUCAAUAGAAAUGCAAGAUAAUAAAAUGUCUCAGGCUGCUGAGUCUUAUUCUUUCAGUCCCAAAGAGGACAAACCUGAAAAGUCAGAGAAAGAGAAAGAGGAUAUGACUGAAGGUGCUGCAGCAGCUUUUCAAACAGGGGCAACAGGAGAAAGUGACAAGGUUUCUACCAGUACAGCUGUUCAAUCAGCAAGUGCACCAGUAAGACAAGAAACACCCCCUCCACCAUGGAGCCAAUCAGAUCUUGGACAAGUUUCAGUGGCUCCUUUAGCUUUUGGAGAACUUGCAGAAAAGAAGACAACAGAAAAGGAGAAAGAAAAAUCUGCUGAGUCUCUCAAAAACAAAAUGGAGUCCUCUGAUCAUGAAAGAGAGGGAUCUCCAUCUGGUCGACAUUCACCUGCAGAAAAAGACAUUUUACCUCAACAAGCAUCUGCUGCCCCAAUGUUAGGACAUGAAAUAGAUGAUAACGUUUUGGCAUCUGACAAUAGUCAAAUCAGCAGCUCUGCCACUUGUAAAUCCAUGUUAGACUUUCCUGAUGGAAAAGAGAGCCUGAUAGAUAAAAGAUUACUUGUAGAGGGGGAAGAUUUCAAUGUAGAUGAUGAUGAAGAUGAAGAUGAGGAUGAGGAGGAGGAAGAAGAAGAGGAGUUAAGUGAUAUAGAUAUGGAAAAGGGUGCAAGAGAACAGUCUGAAAAAGAAAUGUGCAAACGUAGCUCUGACGAUAGUGCUACAUUAGCAGAGGUAGAGGACUCAAAUAAAAAAUCUCAGUUGCCUGAAUCAAGCUUCCUUAAAGAGGAAACAGUCUGCAAACCAGCACCUGAUGAUGCCUCAGCUGUCACAGAGACAGACAGGGACAUGAGUAAAACAACACCAUCUCUUGAAGCAAAACCACUCAAAGAAGAUGAUACAGCUGGUGGUACAGCCACAUCCAAGCUUCCUGAGACAAGGAGUGAAGAUGCAGGUAAAGCAACUCCAUCACCAGACCCAAGUGCUCACAAAAUGGACGAGAGCUGUUCCAUUACAUCAGAUGCUCCAAAACUUCCUGAAACAAAGACAGUGGACGAUACAGACAAAAAGCAUUUGUCUCCUGAACCAACCACAAAAAGAAGGUUGUCAUCUGCAGAGGAUUUUACCUCCACUGAAGUACAAGAGUCGGAAAAAGAAGAUGAAGACAAAGUCUCUCCACCACCAAGCUUUUUGACAAAGGAAACUUCUCAACCAUUGACCACAAGCAGCCUGACAGGCAGCGUUUUGCCUCCUGACCAUUCCAUGGUCCAUGACAAGUCCAUGUCCAAAACUGCAUCUAGUCCCUCCCCACCGCUAAGUGGCAGCUAUGCCGAUAUUGGGCAGAGCAGAUCUGGAAGUUAUUCUGAGCAUUUUUACAGUGAGGAGAGUCAUGCAGGAUUGAAGGAGGAUAAGAAAGAAACCCUCUCAGAUGCCUCUCAUCUAUCCAAGCCAAGCGAUGACAAAUAUUACAGCCAAAGAGAUUUCCAAGAAGAAAGUGUAGAGGAGAGGCAGACUCGAAAUAUCACCACAAAACAUGAGGAAACUUCCUCAUCACCUUGCACAUACACCACCUUAACAUACUCUUCUUCUACAUACUCCUCCACGUCAUAUAGUUACUCAUCCUCAGCCUCAACUUCUGCCCCUUUGAGUAAACAGUUUGAAGACAAAGUUGAAACGUCCACAUCACUAUCAAGCUCUGAAAUAACUCUAGCCAAAGAGGAGCCAUCAUUCACCACAGAGUCUACAAGCUCCUGCUUUGGAGGGUUUCAGAGAGAUGAGUAUUUGGAGGUGACAGCAAAACCUGCAACAAAAGUGUCUUUACCCAGCAAGAUUGAUGAAACCAAACCAUUAUCUCAAAUCUUGUCUACCACUGCUAAACUGACUGAGGAUCUAAGUGAUUCUGCAAAGCCUGAGACAGACACAAAAUCAAGCACUGAUAGUUUCUAUAUGCUAGAAACCAAGAUUACAACAUCCUCUGCAGCACCAUCUCUGCAAAGUAUCGAACCACCAAAAGUGUUGCAAAGUUUAUCCACAUCAGAGGCUUGCUUUGACGUCUCACCCCUCCAAAGGGCUGACUCUCCUGACAGGGACUCCCAAGGGUCAGAGGAAGAUGAGGAGCCUGUUACACUUGAAAUGGAGGACAGCACUCUACCAUGUCGUAUUGAAUGUGAAAAAAUCAAACAAGUGUCUGAGCAAAAAGAGACUGUUUCAUCAAUAACUGAGUCAUAUGUGGUAGAAAGCACCAUACACCCAACAGAGACGACAACGGUCACCAUCACCUCUUCUGUUGUGUCUACACCUAAAGUUGCGAUGGAAACAACACAUCAGACAGCUUCAGUUACUCCUCUGAGUGACAGCGGAGCUAGCAAAACCACAUGUGCCACAACAGAUUUGUCCAAAAAAGAUGAGGACAUAGAGAAAACGCUGGACAUAAAAGAAGAAAAGACAAUUGGAGCUAUUUCAUCUGUAAAAGAAGAUGCAACGGUGCCUGAAAAAGAAACAAAGGAUGAAAAGACAGAAACUGCUAAAGACAGUGAAGUCAAGCAGAAAAUAGAGAAGAAAUUGGAGGAAAAGACUUGUAAAGACAGUAUAGAGGAGAAGAAGGCAACAGCUGAUCCAAAUAUGUGUGAAAAGGCAGAAGAUGGUAAGAAAGGAGAGACAGAAAGAGUAGAAGAGAAAACCUUGUUGGAGAUGCCAUCAGAGAGAUUAGAGGUCAGAAGAAAGAGCAGUAUAUCUGAUUGGGAGCUGCUACAGAGGCCUGACGACUGCCCAAGUGCCCCACCUCCAGGUUAUGGUGAUGAUGAUGAGGAAGAGGAUGAGGAAACAAUGGAAGCGAUGGAAUGGAUGGCCAGUGUCCAUGGAACCUCUAUGUCCUCCUCAAAAGAUGCCUAUCACACAGAAACAUCUAGCAAAGGAGCUGCAAGGGCUGAUCGUCCUUCUGACUUGAACACAGGAGCCACCUCCUCCUCUGCCUCCCAUCCAGGCUACUCCUCCUGCGAAUAUCAACAUCGCAAAGGAGAACUUUCUCCGUCAUUCAUCAACCCAAGCCCUCACCUCUCCAGUGACGAGGGCGAGGAGGAAGGCCAUAGUGACCACUCCCAGGAAGGGGAUGAGGAUGAUCAAGAGCAACACUCUUUGAAAAGGAGGUCGCACAAGCAAAGGCGUCACCACCCUCCAAGUUACCAUGGAGACUCUGGACAGGGGCCACACCAGCUGCCUGGUGCCAUGUCUGGUUUGGCUGUGACGUUAGCUGGAGAGGAAACACCUCCAACAUCAGUGAGUGAGUCGUUGCCUUCACAGUCGGACUCUGACGUCCCUCCGGAAACUGAAGAGUGUCCAUCCAUAACAGCUGAAGGAAAUCUCGACUCGGACGAAGACGCUGAACAUCUGCCGGUGGACAAAUUAUCUGCAUCUGGAGGUGGGGGGAGUCACCAUCCUCCAUCACCAAGGUCAACUCAGAAGACUCAUGAUCCUCUCCCCACACCCAUGAAGGACCCUCUUCCCCACCCUCCACACCCAGAUGUUUGCAUGGUAGAUCCAGAAGCUCUUCUCAACGACCACAGCAGCACAGAGAAACUUCUUAAGAAGGAGCACAAGACCACCAAGGGCCUCAGGAAGGGCAAACCUAAGUCAGCCUCCCCAGCUCGUAAGGGGGAAGUCAGGAAGAGGUCCUCUACUCCAGUGAAGCAGACUUCCAAGGACUCUGCCUCACCUCGGUCAUCCUCCCUCAGGAGAAAGGACACGGACAGAAGCUCCAGGCUGAUCAAGAUGUCUGAGACCCAAGGCUCCAGGAGUGAGAUCCUCAACCCGGCAAAAGGCCUGGUAAAUGGUGUCAAGAGCAGUUCAGGUAACACCCAGAAAACUAGCUCAGCCGUCCCCCCUGGACCACCCGUCUACGUUGACCUGGCCUAUGUGCCCAACCACUGCAGUGCCAAGAAUGUCGACCAGGAAUUCUUCAAGAGAGUGCGAGCUGCGUACUACGUGGUGAGUGGGAAUGAGCCGGGCAGCGGAGAGCCCAGCCGUGGAGUCCUGGACGCCCUACUGGAAGGCAAAGCUCAGUGGGGUUCCAAUUUACAGGUGACUCUGAUUCCAACCCACGACACAGAAGUGACCCGGGACUGGUACCAGCAGACCCAUGAGAGGCAGCAGGACCUGAACAUCAUGGUUCUGGCCUCCAGCAGCACCGUAGUCAUGCAGGACGAGUCCUUCCCUGCCUGCAAGAUCGAGUUCUGAGCUUCAUGAUGCUCGCUGUGCUUUCAACCCAUCCAUCCAUCCACCCACCCAUCCAUCCUUCCCCUCUCCAUCAUCUGCUCUCACUGGAGGUAGAGCGAGAGUGAACAGUGAUCUGUUUCUUCAAAGCCUCUCUCAUGGUACCAGUCUCAAAGCAUUUGCUGCAACCCUUAAUAUGCUAGAUUUUGUUAGCUGAAAUCAAAGUGACAACUCUGGGUGUGACAGUAGGGUUACAACACAAACAACAACAUACUUUAUAUUUGUUUUCUUCUGAGUUAACAGUCUGAAGAUUUUUCAACAAGCAAACAGCUUUAUUUGCGUCAUGUCUAACAGACAUGGACGUCACUAUCCCACAAAGGCAAAAUGCCACAGUUAAACUACAGAUAUGUAGUUUGUAAACUUCUCUUAUUAGUUCUCAAAAUGUAAAUCAAUCAGUGAUCAAUAUUUAGUUUAGAUUGUAUCCACAAUGUUUAUAGAAGGGUAGAACACUUUGAAUUUAUUUGACGCUUUCCUCCAUCCGUGCACACAGCAAAACUCAUCCAUAGCAAUUGUGCUCACGCUACAAUAGUUUUUGGAUUAACUCGAUAACGACAUAAAUUGAUGUAAUGUAAAAAAAAAAAAAAAUAAAUAAAAACAUUCCUUCUUGUCAUUUUGUGGUGACGUUUUAGGAGGUGCCUGAAGUUGACACUGUUUCGGCUUUCACAGCUUCGCUGGUGCAUGAUUGCUUGCGUUUUAGCUCGGACUCUUUCAGAACUGCAUAGGGUUAACCCUUUCUUUAGCCAGCCUUCAAGUGUGGAAUGCAGUAUAGUGUAGAUAGGUUACUACACAGUUUGGCUGUCUAUGCUCAAGUGAACUCAAUAGGCGCCAGGCAAAGGAACGAUGUUUGUACACUAAUCAUAUCUCUGCUGGAUGUAAUGGUUCCUCUUUAAGUCUUUCUCAUGGUCUUUGUUGGUUGUAUGUACUCCAGUAUACAUAUAGGAUAAAUGUUUCUAUAUCAAUACAGAGGUUAUGUUAAAUAAAUGAUAUAUUUUGUGAUGAUGCAGCAAAUUAUGAUCUGAAGUGAGGAGCGUUUCUGAUUGCAUUUAAAGAAGAAGGUUUAUUUUACAUUUCUGUCAUUUCCUCCUGUUACAUUUUACCGUCUCUGUCAACAUCACAACAUGAUAGGAAGAAAAACAAGCAGUGACCGGUGACAAAUGUAGCAACGGAAGUUUGUCUGAUAGUCCCUUCAGAGGGACGGGAACGGGAACUGCAAUAUUUAUAUUUAUUAUUGGGGUAAAUCUUUCAGGAAAAAAAGGCGGUGUGUUACAGGAGGCUUCUUUCAUGUGCCUUUAGCUUGUGGUUUUGGGAGAGAGGACAUGUCAGCCAUUUUAAAGCAGAGCCAGAAACCAGGGUAAAUCAAAGAAACAGAGUACACGAGGACCAAUCAGCGCACAAAUCUUAUCCACACAGGAUACUCAGAAAUAGAACAUUUACAUGGAAAUACGUUCAAAUAAUCCAACUAAGUAUAACCAUAUACUGAAAUACCAUUUAGCCAAACCAAUAUGAAUGUCUUCGAGCAAGGUGUUGCACCAAAUAGGAAUGUACUUUUCUGAGGAGGGAAAGGAGAGUCUAGAAGUCAGACUUUUGUUUGUACUUGAAGCACAGAGUGUUGGCAAAGUAGCAGAAAAUAACUUCCCAUUGUAAUAUAAAUGAAAUGCCUAACCUUAAUCCCAGAGUACUAUUUAUAGAAUGAGCAUGAAUGUGAUGGUUGAUUGUACUGGACACAGUUAUAAAAGUAGGCAUGUCUCUGAAGUAGUUUUGUGCGUGUAUUAGUAUACGAUACACACCGAGUAGCUGUUUUUAUGACGCAGCAGAGUUUGUUUGUGACAGUGACGUGGCGAGUGAGUUUUCUGUAGGUUCAGUGUGAAAGGUCUUUCCGCUUGUUUAUAGCCAGAUCCAAGAGAAGCUUACAUUAAAUUUACACAAGGCCAAGUUUUAGUUCUUUAUUCAUAUCUGUAUUUUAAUGUUUGAAAAAAAUCUAUUCUGGUUUUAUUUAAUCCAAAUUUGUGUUGAGAAGCAAGCACAGUCCUGAUUAUUAUUGUUUACAUUUCAUUUUUGUCAGAAUAGGAAACACAUUUUUGCCAAGGUGGCUCAUCACGAUUGUUAUCUUAACUUUGAGGCUGACUUGAGGUCAGCCUGGGUGAAGCGUGGGGGAGGCUCGGAUUUCUAGAAAGGACUUUCAGAUUGAUCGUCAGGAUGUUGCCAACUAAAAGCAGUGAGGAUCCUCUGCUUGCACUUUUUAACUCACAUUCUUUUCCUCAUUCUGAUUCAAAAUAUGGAGCACAGAAGGUGAGAGUGUGUUGUUGACUUGUGCUAGUCUGGGACCAGUGCCAUUUUUCUUCUUUCCCUGUAAUACUCUCUAAUAACGCUCACCUCAUACCUCAUCUGUGCUCUUUUCCUGCCAGGCCUCCCUUUAGUUUCCCCACAUGAUACUUGUCCAUUAUGCACUGUGUAACAGGCAGGCAUAGCUUUUCUUAUCCCACUGGGGAGGAUCUGAGUUGCUGAGGUGCAGGGUGUAUAUUAAACAGCUGGGCACGCACAAGUACACACACACACACCCGAGAGUGGAGGGAGUUGAUAAACUGAAGACCACAUUAAGAAAAUGAAGGUUCAAAAGGACUCAGUUGAAAACAGUUCAUGCCUGAGAGUUUGUGAACCAAUUGAUCAAGCAGAAAGUUCUUUUCACCCCGUCUUCAAUGCUGUCUGGCAAUGUGUCCAAAAAACCAGUCAGAAGCUUUUCAAUGUAUGGAUCGGAUUUUGUGGAUGGUCUGAUAUGUUGUACUGUCUUUGAAUAAUGUUUUUAAGUUGGCAGAUUCCAAAUACCCAGCCUUGAGAUUUUCAAGGCAUCAGUGGAACGCUGUGAAUCACUCAAUACUGAACUGUGUGACUAUACAGAAGCUGAAUGCACUAUAGAGGAGAUCUAUUUUUCUGAAUGUAGAGUUGGUACUACCAUGUGAAUGCUGCUGGAUCAAAACAAUAUACAAAAAAACCCAAAUAAAAACACACUCACCAAACUAGACAGAAAUACAUUUUAGGGAGAGGGAUGAGGGCAAACACUGUUUUCUGUUUUGACAAAUUGUCAUUUCAAUUACGGUUCUGCUCCAGACGAGGAGACAAGUUUUGACUUUUAACGUGUCAGAAAGCAACCGAGAUCCAAUAAUAAACAUUAACUGUAACACAGAUUUAGUACUAACUGCAGCUGCAUCUUUUUCCUUUUCCUGAAUAUGACUUGAAACACAUGCAGACUCAAAAACCAUCAGUGAAAUUAAACUAAAUGCUACAUGUACAUUUAUGUACUGUGCACAGAUUUGUACAUAUCGCUGUGGAAAGAAAACAAAAAAGCAUCUGAAAGAUCUAACAAACUAUUCUUCUUGUGAUAAUGGUUCAUUUUAGCUCAUUUUAGUGACAGUGUGAUCAAAACUGUAAACUUACUCCUUGAACCAAGAAAACUACACAAAACGCUGACAAGAUACAGGACGAAAAAAAAAGUACAUCUUUCAGUUCAAUCAUCUCCAUACCUGCAUUAAAAUGAAGAUAUCAUUUGAUCACAAUACGGUGUCAUCUGUCCAUCUAAUCUCUCUGCAUGUGAUUUAUUUAGUUAUAAUCCUGAAUGUAAUUGUUUAACAUGGAAAUAAUAAUAAAAAAUACAAUGCUAUUUUAAAGAGGUAUAUUUGAAAAAAGCUAAUUGUCUUAACUGGUACUGAAAUGACCUACAGUAAUAUAAUACUGGGCUGUGCUUUUAUUGUUUGCCCUAUUAACAUGUUGUUAAGAAGACGCUGUAUUGGUAGUUCUGUUUGAUUCUCUAUUUUUUUUUUUUUUUUUUUUUUUUUUUUUUUUUUUUUUUUUUUUUUUUUUUUGCAUUGUAUUAAUCUUAGUUAUGUUUUUCUUCCUCAGUGCAAUAUUCAAUAUCUCUCUGUCUCUUUAAAUCUAACUGGUAAAACUAGAACUACUGCAGAUUCAUUGUAAAAGGGAAACAGCCUGGUGAUCAUCAAUUAAAGUACAUUGAAAUC